AUGCAGAAUUAUAACAAUUAUUACGUUGAAGGAACUCCUAAAUUAUUAAAAUUUGCACAUUUACAUUCUACUACACGUCGAAUAUUCAUUGUCACAAAAGAUUUGUUGGGCCCUUCAAAUCUUGAUCCACUUGAUCUUUCUUUACCUAAAACUGAAAUUUUAAGUAAUGAUGAAAUAGAAGUUGAAAAAAAAGGGUUUGUUAUGGACGAUGAGACAUUUCAUUUUGAAAAUGAGACCAAAACUAUUAAGGACAAUUCGUCAAAAAAUAUUUUUCAAAGCAAAACUAGUUGUGAUAAUAUUACAUUGCAAGACCUUAAUAAUUAUAGUACAGAAGGAUCUGGUGCUUUUAGUGAACGCAAUCAAAAUUCAUCAGGAAGCUAUUUUUCUCCUAUCAGUGAAUUAUACACGACUCCAACAGAGGAGAUCAACAUGUAUCCUAUUACACCACCACAUAAUAAUCAUUCACAUCUUGAAAAGUUACCGCCACAUUUAUAUAUGCCUCCAACAGUUAUUAAUGAUGAUAAUGAUAUAGCUGUGCAAAAUGAAAAACAAUCUUACAAAAACAAUAAUAAUAUUUCAACUUCAUCCAGUUCAACUUCAUCAUCUGAAAUUAUUGUUGAUCCAGAAAAUGAGAAUGAUUCAAAUGAAAUUAAUGAACAUUACGAUGAUGUUCAACCUUUACCAGAUGUUCAUAAUUUUGAUCCUCAAACCAUAAUAAAGGAGGGUUGUAUGCUAGUGAAGAUUGAAAGAACAAAUGGUUCAUUAACUUACAUUCAAGAGCCAAAAAAACAUUUAAAAAGCCAUACAGAAUGGAGAGAAUAUAUUCAAAAAAAACAUGUUGACAAAAUUCAACUUAACAACUUUACUAGAAUGUCACUUUAUUCAACUAUUGACUACACAAUAGCUAUUACACAAAAAUUAAAUGAUGGAACGAAAAUAUUUUAUCUAUGCCCCAAAACUUAUCCAAUUUGUAACGAGUGGUAUCAAGCACUUCAUAAUUUUCUUCCAAAGGGUUCUAAAAAAGAAAAACCGAAUGUAUGUGAAGUUGUAGUUCCUGAUUUUGUGGUUGAGAUAAGUAUUCCUUUAGAAGAUGAAGAAGGAAUGGUACAUUCUUUAACACCAAAAAAAAUAAUAAAAGCUGUAUUAGAUGAAUUGAAAGGCAUAGUUGAAUGGAAAGAUGUAUUGGAUGAAUGGUUAAGAAGCACCGAGUUAAAGUUAUGUUGGAAAAGAUAUGAUAGAUUAGAAUGGAUUUAUAAAGAAGAAAAUCAAUUUAAUAUAUUAACAUGCCCACAGUUUAUUGAAAGGGGUAAAACUAUUAGGUCAAAAAAAUUAUAUUUUUCCUCACAUAAUCAUCACUUAUUUUACAUGAUACCAUUUUCGACAAGUCAACCACAAGCACCCGUGAUGGAAUCAAAUGAAAGUAGUAGCAAUAAUACUCAACCACUUACUUAUGCUGUCACUCCUCAUCUUGAUGAAAAUUUUGAAAAUAGAGAUUUACUUAUUGAAGAAGAUAUGAAAAGACGAAUCAAACAAAUAGUUUGUGGCAAAGGAUUUAUUGAUUUGAUGGAAGUUGUUGAAGCAAAUGAAGAAAGUAAUAAUAUUUCGCCACCACCAAAAGAAACUGAUGAUUAUUAUGAAAGUGAAGGUUCACCUUUUGAAUUAAUAUUAAAGAAUGGAAGAUCUAUAAAGUUAAAAACAUAUUCUAAUUGGACUCGAGAUGAAUGGAUGAAACGGCUUGAUGCUCUUAUUAUUUAUUGGAAGGCAAGAAUGUCAUCUGAUAUACAAGCACGAGCUAACACAUUAAAAGAAAGUCAAGGCAAAAAUCCAGGGUGUGAUGAUAAUAGAGGUUUUUUUGAUGAUAAUCUUCAACAUAACUGGGAAUUAUUUAAUCAAUAUAUUGAUCCAAGUCACCUAAUAUAUUAUAAAUUUUAUACUUAUUCAACUUCUGGGAAAUGUGUUCGAAGUAGUUAUCAUAAAAUUGCAGGUGUUAUACAUUUAGAAGAUUGUUAUAUUUAUUCUGGUGAGAUUACAGAAAAUGAUCUGUUGUAUUCAAGUUUAGUAAGAUAUGAUAAUACUGCUACAGUUGAUGUGUUGCCAAGAAUAUAUUCAGAUGGAAUGUGUUGUUAUGAUGAUGAUAAAGAAUGUACAUUUGUAAUUUGGGAAGGAGAAAAAAGAUAUUAUUUUAGCAAAAAUGGAAAAUUCAUAUCUUUAAAAAAGAAAAAAAUGCUUGAUACAGGAAAAACAUGGGUUUUUAGAGCAAGAAGUAGACUUGAAUGCGAGGAAUGGGUUUGGGCAUUUAAGGUUGAAAUUGAAAGAUGUUGGAAUGAACAAUUUAGUUGUACUUUAAUAAUCACUAAAGAGGUUUAUCCAGAUUCAAAAAGUAAAUGA